AUAGAAUGUCGCAUCUAUUCUCGGUAUGACAAAAGAAUUGGAGAAAUGGAUCUUGGUAAAACGAGAGUGAAUUUUGAAACAAUAAUAAAGGAGGAGGAGUGGGAGUACUCUCCACUUCGACUUGCGAUUACGCUUUAAAUAAUGCAGUAGCGGGAAGUGUCCCUUUUCCUAUCGAAAGGAAGUCGGUACCGACUCCCUCUACUCGUACGGCAGUUCAGUACGUGACCUUGAAUCAAACCUGUCGUCAAACUUCAAAAUUCUCUGAACUCUUGUGAUGAACAUGGAAAGUGUCGGUGCGUACGGGGGCGGCAAAGCAGGGGGUACCUUCGAUCCCAUCGCCUUCGCCAAAAGGCCCCAGGUUAUACUGAGGGCCGUCUCUUGGCUCUUUGCCGUGAUCGUAUUUGGCUGCAUUUCGUCGCAAGGAUGGAUGUCCGAUCCGGUGUCACAAAAGGAGGAGUGUUUAUAUAACAAAGACAGUAACGCGUGUAAUUAUGGAGUCGGUAUAUCCGUCAUCGCGUUCUUAGCUAGCAUGGGUUUCCUAGCUGGCGAAUAUCUUUUUGAACAAAUGUCCUCCGUCAAGACGCGCAAACAUUACGUCCUCGCCGAUCUCGGAUUUUCUGGAUUUUGGGCUUUUUUAUAUUUCGUGGGUUUCUGGUACCUCGCGAGCCAGUGGGGUAAGAGCGACACUCCGAAGAACGGGUACGGUGUCAAUAACGUGCAGGCGGCCAUUGCGUUCUCAUUUUUUGCGAUAUUUUCUUGGGCCGGAUCCGCAUUCUUCGCGUAUAAGCGUUUUCGGCAGGGCUCCGACGCCGCGUUCGCACCUAGUUACGAAGCCGAUACAUCGCUACCUAGCGCUUAUCCGUCAUAUCCCGGUGGUCCCGAUACGGAUCAACAUUAUCAAGAGCCACCUUUUACAGCAGGUGGGAACCAAAGAGGUCUGUAUUAGAAGUCACAAAGGAGACAGCUCCCGGCGACUUUUCCGCACCCGCAUACUAAAUAUACGUUAUAAAAAUGUUGGAAGAUAGCUGCCAUAAAAUGUCUAGGUACAUCGUAUCUCUCAAAUAUAACUUACAUAUAUUUGGUCGUCAGUACUUAGGAAAGUAUUCUGUAUUCCGGAGAUUUUUUUACCUAAUAUUGAUCUUUACGCAUAUAUUUUGUUGAUACUUUAGAUAUUUAUUUUGCCAUAAAUAUGAUAAUGUAGUGAUAUUAAUGUACAGACGUAGACGUAAUUAUUCUCAGAGAGGGCUUUUUAGUUGGAACUGUUUUGUUUUGUGAUAAUUUUUAUUUUAGUAUCAUUUUUAGAUUGGACGUAUUUCUUGGAUGUGGUUAGACAAAUACACUUUUACUUACGUACGUUAAUGUGUAGAUAUAUUAAGAAGUGUUUACGAUUGCGCGUUGGAAAACACGACAGCUGUGUUGGGUACAUUGAUGUUGAUUACAAAUUCUUUUUUGUAUAGCGUCGAGAGGCUUUCUUUAUGAUGUAGAAUGGUUGCAUUCCACUCUCUUUAUCUGCUGGUAUUUUGAAUCAAGUCAAAUGACGUACCAGGAGUUGGAGAUGUUGUCAUGUUUAAUAAUUCUUUGUGUUCGCUUUCAAUAUAGAAUUCGUAGGAGCUUCACCAUCUACAUUUAAAUAAAAAUGUUUUUGAGAGUCGCGCUUGAAUUGUUUGUUAUGCAGUAUGUGAAAAUAUCAAUAGCGAUAACAGUUUAUUACAUAAGAAACCAGUGUCUGUAUUAAAUGUGUUGUCUAAUGAUCUACUCUACAUUUUGUGGUCUUUUUUUAAAAACGAAUGGACAGUUUUAUCAUUUAGCAAUAAAUUAGAACUUUAAGUAAUUACGCAUCGUGUAUAAUUCGUUUAAAGCACUGCAAAAACUAGACUACUGAGUUGAGGUUACCUGUUUAUUAAAUUCCUGUACUUUUUCGUUAGUGAGACUA